UUUUGCAAGUGGGUGAAAAGCUAACGUUUACCAAAUGGGCGAACUUGAAAUUAAAACGUCUAUUGAGUUGUUACUGACUGCAUGCCUGGCGAUAACUCUCUUUAAGAUUAGUGUGUCGGUCGAUAGAGACUCCAUGGCUGAGGAAAUGGACGAGGACCCCGCAUACCAAGUCGUCCAGGAGGACGAGGAGAAUGAGGAAGAAGAGGUGGAUGGUGGUGAGGAGGAGGAGGAGGUGGAUGGCGAUGAAGAGGAGAACGUGUUUGACUGGGUGGUCGAUGAAGAGCUUCUAGAUCAUGAGUUGUCUUCUGGCAACGACUCCUUCGAGAUGGACACUCCUGCUGAGCGUAGCGGCCAUAUUGCCGUAAUGGAUGGCAGUAAUAUGUAUGUGUGGGGGGGAUACAAGAACACACAGACAACAGGAUUCCUUGAUUUCUACCUUCCAAGGAAUGAGAUUUGGAUCUACAACACAGAGAUAAGGCGAUGGAAGAAGCGGGUGACGGAGGGCGAUAUGCCGCCCUCCAUGUCUGGCAGCUGUGCCGUGUGUGUUGAGGGCGUCCUCUAUCUCUUCGGUGGCCAUCACGCUCGUGGGAACACGGAUCGGUUUUACCGUCUUCCUCUGAGGACGACUGAGGUCCUGUGCUGGGAGAAUAUGAGGAACCUGAAGGGCUUGGCUCCCACCUGCAAAGACAAGCUGGGAUGCUGGGUGCACCAGAACAGGCUGGCUUUCUUCGGGGGAUAUGGCUAUGUCGCUCAAGGUGGCCAUUUGGGAACGUUUGAAUACGACGAGUCAUCGUUCUGGGCAAAUGGUGCUGGGCGGGGUUGGAACAAUCACAUCCACGUCCUUGAUCUGGACACGUUCACCUGGAGUCAGCCGAUCACAAAGGGAAAUCCCCCUUCCCCGCGGGCUGCUCAUGCCUGUGCCACUGUGGGGAACCGCGGCUUUGUGUUUGGGGGCCGCUACAGGGAACAUCGUCUGAAUGACUUGUACUACAUCAACCUGGACACCUGGGAGUGGACUGAAAUGAGUGUCCCCCAGCAGGGUCCAGUGGGCCGGUCCUGGCACUCCUUCAUCCCUGUGUCACCUGACCACAUCUUCUUAUAUGGUGGCUUCACCACAGACAAACAGACCCUCAGUGAUGCCUGGCUGUACUGUGUGAGCACAAACGAGUGGAAGUCCUAUAAGCACAGCAACACGGAGAGCCCCAGGCUGUGGCACACGGCCUGUUACGGGCCCGACGGCGAGGUGUUUGUCUUCGGGGGCUGUGCCAAUAACCUGCUGUCCCAUCAGCAAGCGGCUCACAGCAACGAGGUUCUGAUUUUCAGCGUCCAGCCAAAGUCUCUCGUGAGGUUCUGCAUGGAGGCGGUCCUGCAGUACCGGGAGCAGCUGGCUGGCUCCUGGAACCUCCUGCCCAAACACCUGCUGCACCGCUUGAUGCCGAGGCUGGGCGUCAUCAACACGCUGGGCUCCUAGGCACCUGGCGCCCUGGGAGAUGCAGCAGCACGCAUCUGCGUGGAGGCGCGGCCUAGCAGGGUCAGCAGCCUCCGGCUAGCACCGGCUCGUCGGACUCCGGGUGAUUUCCAGCCCCGGCUUUUGGACAUUGGGUCGACUGGGACGUGGUCUGUAGUUUUUUUUCCUUUUAGUAUGUGCUUUGAUUGUUCAUCAACAUGGGUGAAAUUUGGACAGAAGGCAUCAGGUCUAGUGUAGCUGAACCUAAAUGCAUUGCUCUGAUGCAGGAGGUGAGUAACCUGAACCACACUUAAGGAAUGUCUAGUUUUAAUAUGUAUGAUGUAUGAACAUAUUGGUUCUGUUUCCUCAUGUCUGGUUGUACUGCUGCAAGCCAAUCAAACCCCUGCUGAUGGUGAAAGUGGGUGUGGCUAGGCCUGCCGGUUUGCCUGUCUCUGUAGCUCAUGACCGCUUUAGCCUAAACUGUAGUGUUAAUGUGAUGUUCUUGCAAUUGUGACAAUGUGGGGCAUUUGCACUAAAAGCUUUUACUUAUUAUCCAGUGUAUUUUUUAAUUUGUCAAAUGCUGUAAGUACUUCUGUCAAUUAAAAGCAAGUGUUGAAUAAAGCAAA